UGUCAUAUAUACAUUUUUAUGUGGUGACUUUGUACUCUCAAUAGAAGUUGCUACUGUCACUGUUCCGCUGUUCUACAUCCUUGUUGAUAAGGAAGCAUUCGAGCACAUUAUUGUUUGAAGUAACCAUAGUGAUCUGACUUACCAGGAAGAACAUUUACCUGUAACCGCUAUCUCAGUUUAUAGGUAUUAUGUUGUGGUUACAAAUGAUAGGGAAAUAGUCUUCAGCACUGGUGUUCAGAGUUCUGCAAAAACGACUACAACUAGAGGACUAUGAUGUUAGUUCAGAUUUGGGUGUUAGGUCUCCACCUACACCUUGCACUCUCCAUCAGCGAAGACGUUGACAUGCCAGGAGAUGUGGUGUUAGGAGGGCUCCUUGAAGUACAACACUAUGUGGAUGGAUCUUGCACUGAUCUGCUUUCCGAGUCUGUUCAGAUCAACGAGGCAGUGAGGUGGUUCUUCAGACAACUGAAUGACAGGAACUACAUUCCCAAUGUCAAACUAGGUUUCCAUGCUUUCAAAACAUGUGGCAACGCCGCACGAGCUACAGGUCAAACCAUAGAUAUGAUGACCAAAUACGUUAACGGUCAAGGGCCUCAGCUCUUUGGAAUACUGGGACCAGAUUACAGCUCGGAAACCCAGUCCGUGUCUCGUCUGCUGAGCUCGCUCCCGGAGGAAGACCGUCUGUUGCAGAUCAGCUACUCCGCCACCGCCGCCAUCCUCGCUGACAAGAGUAUUUACAAAAAUCUGUACCGGGUCAUAGAAACGGAUGAUGUACAAGUAGAGGUCACCCUGAAGCUCAUGCAAGCUCUGAACUGGAACUAUGUUGCCAUCGUGUUCGACUCUGAUACCUACGGCCGGGAUGCUGCCUAUGCCCUCAGAGCAUCUGCAGAGGCGGAUGAUAUCUGCAUUCCUGUGUUCUUCCCUUUAGAACUGGGUCAAACUGACACACAGCAAAAGACUGCAUUCAGUCAACUAAUCCACCGUCUUCAGGUCGAUGAAGAAAGUACUAUCUUAGGGUUGGUCUUUUUUGGUCGAAGUAAAACAGCGAACAACUUGUUUCUUUACAUUGAAGGAAAUUUGGAUCUCACAAAUUUUCAAAUGAUUGUUUCAGAGUCCUUAGCUCUUGACCAGAUAAAUGUGCAAGAUGCAAAGGGUGACACUAUCAUCCCCAGAACUCACGGACUCUUAACCCCGAGUCCACCCCAUUACGAUGUGGCGCUGUUCAGUCAGUUCUGGGCUGACUUACACACAAAUGCCACACUGAUGACGAAUCACACAACAGAUAAUGAUUGGUACCUUGGGUACCUGCAUAAAAUUACUGGAUGCCACUUUACCGAGCAAAUGGACAAUGCUACCUCCUGUCUUAAUAAGGCUAGCGAAUAUAUUAACAGACAUGAGAAACUGACGUUGUAUACUCACUAUGCUUUACGUGGCGCAGCAGCAUUUGCCAAAACAAUGAAACAACUACACGCAGAAGAAUGUGGUGCAAACACUGGACUUUGCGAUCAGAUGAGGAGUCUGCCGAAAAUACGAGCAAUUUUAGAGAUGACUCAAACUGUUAUCAGUACCAGCGUGGACUUUCAGCAAGAACUGGUUAAUGUUAAUAUUACCUUUAGCUUUGAAAAAGGCGAGAUUCGUUUUUCAAACAAAGAAGCACCUGCAUAUGCUGUCUAUAACUGGAAGUUUAAUGGCAGCCCAUUUGGAUUUUACAAGGUGGGAGAGUUCAGAGAUGAACAGUUACAUAUAACAGACACAAUCGUGGCAUACAACAAAGCUCACAAAGAAACAGUCGCUGUUCAUGCACAAUGUCAGCCAGACAUGGAUUGUAAAAAGUGCUUAAAGGCAAACGGGGAUAGGAAGGUCUUAUACAUUCCCGGCGAUUUCUACAUCAUUGGUAUGGCACCAAUACACAACAAGGAAGGGAACUUCCUGAAGUGUGGGAGUCUGCGGUCUGAGUCUCUAAGUGUAGACCUGACAAUAGCAAUGCAAUUCGCUGUAUCUACCUUGAACAACAAGUCGGGUAUACUUGGUGCAACACUUGGAAACAGGACAAUGGGCCUUGUAGUACUAGACACAUGCUCCAAUCCCUACAAGAUACAAGAGCAAAUCACCAGCUUGAAUGAUGGAAGCUUACGUCUUCGCCAUGGUUCUAACAGUUCAAAGAUUUUGGACAAGAUAAUCGCUUAUAUUGGUCCUGCGUUUAGCUUCGUAGCUGUACCUCUUUCAACAUUAUUGACUGACAUUCAGAAGUUGCAGAUCUCCUACUCUGCCACAGCCUCCAGCUUGAGCAACAGACAUAAUCAUCCGUAUUUUAUGAGAGUUAGUUCACCAGAUCACAAGCAAGCUGAAGUUAUCAUGCAGCUUGCCAAAACGACUUCCUCGAAAUACAUACAGAUUAUCUUCUCAAAUGAGGAAUAUGGAAUAGCUGGGAAAGAGGUUCUUCUUGAUGCUGCACGGAAGCACGAGAUAUGCGUGGCACAGUCCAUUGAAGCACAGAACACGGUUGAUCCUACUAAACAUACAGGCUACAUAUCUGGUCUCAGAGUUUACAGGUAUGCCAAAGUUGUCAUUGUGUUUGCCUUGCCGUCACUUACACGUUUGAUAAUGGAGAAUUUGGAUAAACAUUUGGAAAGUGGAGAAUUUGCCUUUAUUGGCGGAGAGAGUUGGGCUCAAAUGGAAGCACUUUUAACUUCUAACUUACAAGGUUCUUUAACAAUAGCUCAAAAGCUUCCUGAGAUUACAGCUUUUGCUGAAUACUUUAGAGAUAUAGACGUCCAAACCUAUCCAAACCCAUGGCUGGAGGAGUACUUUGAAGAAAUUAAUCAGUGCUAUUUACCUAAAAGUUUUCAAAAGAAAAACCGACAAAAAUGCCCAUCAACAUGGAUUGGUGACCGUAUCCAGCCUGAUCUGUGGACAACAUUUGGAAUCUACACCAUAUACAGUCUUGUCCGUGGGUUCGACGACGCUGUGACAUCAAUCUGUGGGGAUGUUGUGAUCUGUCCAGGUAUAUCCGCGGCAGCCAUGAUUAAGAAACUGAAAGAAGUGAAACUUGAUAUGUACCAGAAUGGUGAAAACAUCAACGUCUUUGAUGACAACGGUGACGGAAACGUGGGUUACACUAUUUCCCAGAUUGUCAGGAAAGGAAGCCUCAAGUAUGAAGAGGUUGGUUAUUCAUCACAGAAGAGAAUUGUAUUAUCAAGACCUGUACAAGAACUGAUGGCACGUUUGAACUUCACUUCGGCUUGUCCAAACGUCGAUGAAUGUGGAAAGUGCGAGAGGCAAUUUAAAAGCGGAAGAAUUAAUCAAGCGAAUCCCGACGGUAUUAUCAUCUUCUACUCCCUUGUGGCUGGCGCAAGUGUGCUUGGGUUGAUCGUCCUGGUGAUGUCCGGAUGUCUCUGCUGCCGAUGUCGAAGGGUGAAGAAGACGAAGAAGAAAGAAGAUCCCUAUUCAACAAUUUGUCCGAGGGAUAGUUUCAUUCAGUGAAACACAUAUCAACAUUGCCCAGCGCACCUUUGUAGAUAUUUCUUUAAAUAAUCACAUCAUGUAUUAUUUAUUAUAUACUUAACUGUGAAAGACUGAGUUUUCGGAAGUUGAGAAAAAUAUUUUCAUUGCAGUGGACAUAACAAUUAAUAUUUCACUGCUAUGAACAUUAUACUUUGACGGAACUAUUGUCGUACAAGAGUGACCUCCCCUCAUAUUGUCUCCCCUUAUGUUUGGCCCGUUCACAAACUCUUAACUUACUUUUUAUGUUAGUUCCACAUUGACAGGGCAGAAUAAUGACAGAUGGCCAUUUAUGGAGUUAAUAACGUUUCAUGUCCUGUGUUAUUCUCUUGAAAAUUUUCCGUUAUAAACUGUAAAUUUCUCACUUAACUCGUCAAUUGAGACCGUUCGUUUUGCAAAGCGCCAUUUUUAUUACUUGACCAGCGUGUAUUCUUUCGCUUCCAACAGCGGUCUCGAAGUUUUCAAGAAUAUUUUUUUGUUUAAAUUUUUGGAUAUUAUCAUAUCUACAUGUAUGAUGCAGAAUUUUCGCGACCAUAAAUAUUUUGUGUUACUUUUGUUUAUAUUUUUAUGAUUUUGCAAACACAAAACUACUUUUAAGUCGAAAAUACAAGGGGUGGUGACCCGUCACUGUGUGUUAAGUAGGACAAAUUCACGUUUCAAUGUUUUACAUUUGUAAUGAAAUAAUUUAUUUUUCCGGUAGACAACAACACAAAAAUAAUAAUAAAUAGGUUAUUCCAUGUGUCUCGUGAAAUAAUAUCUAUGUAUCAGAGAUGAUCAGAAUCUAAUCUUUUAGUCACACUCAUUCAUUACAAUUUCAAGCAAAAGAGAUGCAAUAUAUGAGAUGUCUUUCAAUAGACGUACAGUUACAGUGAUAACUGAUAACAUUGUUUGCGUACGAAGUGUUCUUGUACUUUUAAGCUGCACUACCUAUAUUCUUAAUUAUUACUUUCAGUCUGUUAUUGUUCAUAUGAAUACUUUGUGCACUUUAUUUUAUACAUAUAAUAUACACUGAUGUCUUUUCAUAACAACUUGGUAAUAAAUUUAAAACCUCACUCACAAAAAGACACGUUAGUUUAAAAUUGAAUCUAAAUUAGGUAGAUAUCGGUUGCAGUUUUAUUUCCGGGCAAGGAUAUAGCAACUAUGAAACGGUAUUUGAGAAUUCGAGAAUACGGAACGGUUAGUUUUCCAAACACUGUUUCAAGAAGUAAGUGUAUAACCUGAAUUAAAGAUUAGUGUUUACAAUAUUUUGAAUUGCUAAUUAGAAACACCAUUUUAAACCAAACUGUCGUAUUCUCUCUUGAUUGUUGAUUUUGUAGACGCUCAGACUAGACUGUUACUAGAUUAUUUAACUGAGUAAUAUUGAUAUUGUGUGCUCUUUUCAUUACUUGAGAUGUAUGUAUUAGUCUGCUUACCUUUCCUUUAUAAGAUGUAUGUUAUUUAUAAUUUCUUUUGCAUUUUGUAUUUUUGUAUUUCCCAAUAAAUGUAAAAAAAGCCAGAGAUGGACUACUUUCACCACGAUGGACUGUCAGAGAAUCCCAAUGUAGUGCAAGUUGAGGGAAUUUCCAUGUCACUUUCUCCCGGGGCCCACUUGCAUAAAAAACACUAUAUAUUGCUACAUUAGGCUUCGUCUACAGUCGCUAUCCACAUGCACAAAGUAAUUGUUGGGUAAGAUCAUUGUAAGCUACAUUUGCAAUUGAUCGGGACCAACAAAGAGUAGAUCCUGAGCAUAAUUGACAAGAAAGAGUGCAUGAGAGGGUCUAUUAAGGAAAUAAUCUGCUUCACGUUCAAACAUUGACAUUCAUUUGUUCAACUGUGCGAUUCAAAUCGAAAAUACGAAGAGACCAUCACAUAUUUCACGCCAGAAGUGUUGUUAAUAACGAUCCACAUAAAUAUCUAUGGAUCGUGUAAAACUAUAGCAUUUCAUUAUCAGUUACUUCAGUGUAUAAGACUAAGUUUUCUGUUGAGAAAGUUGAGAAAAAUAAUAUUUUCAUUGUAGUGAACAUAACGCUUUGACGGAACUGUUGUGUUAUACGAGUUACUUCCCCGCAAAUUGUCCCCACUUUAUCGUAUGUGUCUUACCCGUAUACAAGCUGUUGAUUUCCCUUUAACGUUAGUUCCACAUUGAACAUCUCGUAGAUGUCAAGAUUUUUGUUGAAGUUGAUUUUGUAUAUAUUUAUAAUCAUAUCCAAAUAUAUGAUAAAAUGUUUUAUCGGC